AUGUGUCAAUUUAUCAACAAUCUAUUUCAACCAUAUUUAUCUUCAAAAGAAUGGUUAUCAGGUGAAAAUAAUGUACCAAUUUCAAUGAGUUUAAAUCAAAUUGAUAAUCAAGUUCAAGAUUUUGAUGAUUUAUCAGUUUCAUCACCAUUAUAA